UUUAUGUGGUCAUAUUUCACAUUGAAGGUUCUUGAGAUAGUGUUGAUGCAUAAAGAGUCUCAAAAUCUAGAACGUCUCAUUUUUACAUUACAAUCAAAUAUUUAAUGCAUACACUUUAAUUGAUAUUUCUUAUUUCAAAUGCUUUUGAAAUCAGGCCUCUCUCAUAGAUCAUAAAUGAAAAUCUAUGAGGGAACAGAAACACGCACAUGAGCCUGCUGGGUUUUUGCGUUUCAUGAGGAAUCAAACAAAAAUGAUUUGAGUGAGGGGUGGGGGGUUGUACCUAUUUCUCACACCGUAAUAGGAUGCAUUGUACAUUUACUGCAGUUUCAUAGUUUUCAGGUUUCAAUCUUCGCUCAGCCUUUGAUUACCGGUUUCCAUUAACAUUUUCUCUGGAGAUUUUUAUAAAAGGUAAGAGAGAAAACAAAACACGUCUUUCGCUGAGAUAUGUUGCACCAUAUUGUAUGAGAUACAUGUUUUUAACUGUACGCUUCUCUAUGGCUUCAACACUGAAGACAUGUUCUCUGAAGAUUAUCGCAAUGCUCUCUCAAAGUUCUGCAAAGGAUGCUCAUGUUGAUUCAAAUUUCAAUUCAAUUGUUAUGCAAUACAAUGUUAUCUACAGUACAAUUCAUUCAAGGAACUUGUUUUCUGAAACAUGGAUGUCCAUUUAAUGAUUUGUUUUUUAUUACUAACUGUGCAUAUAUUAUAAAUGUUAUUAACUAAAUGUAAAUAACUAACUUUGGCCUACAGACACUAGUUUAGGCAUCUCUGAUCUAUACAGAUCUGUUAUGAAAUUGAUGUUUCUUUAAUAACCAGGUCCAUGUUUUACACCUUCCAGGCUUUUGGUUGAAUAUCUCUUUUUUAAAUUGUGCAUCAGGAUGGAUCUCCAAACAGUGACUCCAAAACAGAAUGAAAACUCGACUUAUGAUUACAAUGACGAUUACACUGAUGAAGCCUGUAAUAAGAUGAAUGUUAUCCAGUUUGGGACGAUCGUCUCUCCGAUCAUUUUCACCAUUGUGGUUAUGUUCAGCUGUGUAGGAAACAUUUUGGUUUUGUGCGUCCUCGUGAAAUAUGAAAAUCUGCGAUCCCUCACCAACACGUUCCUGCUAAAUCUAGCCAUCUCUGAUCUGAUUUUCACUGUCGGGUUGCCGUUCUGGGCCUACUACUAUGUCAACGGCUGGACUCUUGGAGAUCACGCUUGCAAAGCGGUUAAUUACGUUUUUUAUACGGGAUAUUACAGCAGCAUCAUAUUCAUGACGGUUUUAACCAUACACCGAUACGUGGCUGUGGUCCACCCUCUGUCAGUGGUGAUGUCCAGAAAGAGCAUCCACUGCUACGCCACGUCAAUUGUGGUCUGGAUCAUCAGUUUAUCCGCUGCCAUCCCACAAGCCAUGUUCAAAACGGUUGUGAGAAACCCUAUUGACACUCAAAGCGAAGCCUCUGAUGUAAUCAAGCUCUGUGAUUUCGAUGGUCAAAUCAACUGGAAGCUCUGGAGCACGUACUUACAGAAUGGCUUCUUCAUUGUGGCUUUCCUGAUCAUCGCCUUCUGCUACACCGUGAUUCUGACCCGGCUGCUUCGGCCGACGUCUCACACUCGCAAGAAGACCGUGCACCUCAUCUUCUUCAUCGUGCUGUUUUUUUUCUUGGGAUGGGGGCCGUUUAACGUGGCCAUAUUUCUGGACUCGCUGAUUUCGUGGGGGAUCUCUCCUUUUAACGAAUGUGAGGUCAGUAAGUCAAUCGACUACUUGAUGUACGUCUCUCAGAUGGUGGCGUACUCACACUGCUGUCUGAAUCCAGUGGUUUACGUUUUUAUGGGGAUAAAGUUCAGAAACCACUUGAAGAAAAUGCUGUGGACUUUGUGUAAGAACAACGUGGAGCCUCCGAAUCGAAACAGCAGGAUUAUUUACUCCAACGGCGAAGAAAUAUCCAUGUAUUAGACCAGGGGUGCUCAAUCCUGUUCCUGGAGAUCUACCUUCCUGUACAGUUUAGCUCCUACCCUGA